AUGGAUAGAUGCAAACAUGUAGGGCGGUUGCGGCUCGCCCAGGACCACUCCAUCCUGAACCCGCAGAAGUGGUACUGCCGGGAGUGCGCCACCACCGAGUCGGUGUGGGCUUGUCUCAAGUGCUCGCACGUGGCCUGCGGCCGCUACAUCGAAGAUCACGCCCUCAAACACUUCGAAGAGACCAGACACCCGCUAGCCAUGGAGGUCCGGGAUCUCUACGUGUUCUGCUACCUGUGCAAGGACUACGUGCUUAACGACAACCCGGAGGGGGACCUGAAGCUGCUGAGAAGCUCCCUCCUGGCGGUCAGGGGCCAGACGCAGGACCCGCCGCUGAGGCGCGGGCGGACGCUGCGGUCCAUGGCGGCGGGCGAGGACGCAGUCCCGCCGCAGCGCGCUCCUCAGGGACAGCCGCAGAUGCUCACGGCUCUGUGGUACCGGCGCCAGCGCCUGCUGGCCAGGACGCUGCGGCUCUGGUUCGAGAAGACCUCGCGGGGCCAGGCCAAGCUGGAGCAGCAGCGGCGGGAAGAGGCGCUGGAGCGCAAGAAGGAGGCGGCGCGGCAGCGGCGGCGCGAGGUGAAGCGACGGCUGCUGGAGGAGCUGGCCAGCGCCCCUCCGCGCAAAAGCGCGCGCCUGCUGCUGCAUGCGCCCCGCCCCGCACCGCUGCGCGUGCCUGCCACGCGCGCGCCCUCCGGGCCGCGCCGCGCGCCCGCCAUGGCGCCCGGCGUCACGGGCCUACGCAACCUGGGCAACACCUGCUAUAUGAACUCCAUCCUGCAGGUGCUCAGCCACUUGCGCAAGUUCCGCGAGUGCUUUCUGAACCUCGACCCGUCCAAGACGGAGCAGCUGUUCCCCAGGGCCGCCAACGGCAAGGCCCCGCUCUCAGGCAGGCCAGCCAGCAGCUCGGCCACAGAGCUGUCGUCGACCCGGAGUGAUGGGGCCGAGGCCUGCGAGCGCGAGGGCCUCUGCUUGAACGGUGGGACCUCCCUCAGCAGGAGCCUAGAGCUCAUCCAGAACAAGGAGCCCAGCUCGAAGCACAUCUCCCUCUGCCACGAACUGCACACCCUCUUUCGCGUCAUGUGGUCGGGGAAGUGGGCCCUGGUGUCGCCCUUCGCCAUGCUUCACUCGGUGUGGAGCCUGAUCCCCGCCUUCCGCGGCUACGACCAGCAGGACGCGCAGGAGUUUCUCUGCGAGCUUUUGCACAAAGUGCAGCAGGAACUCGAGUCCGAAGGCACGACGCGCCGGAUCCUCAUCCCCUUCUCCCAGAGGAAGCUCACCAAACAGGUCUUAAAGGUGGUGAACACCAUAUUUCACGGGCAGCUACUUAGCCAGGUCACUUGUGUAUCAUGCAAUUACAAAUCCAAUACCAUCGAGCCCUUUUGGGAUCUGUCCCUGGAGUUCCCUGAACGCUAUCACUGCAUAGAAAAGGGGUUUGUCCCUUUGAAUCAGACAGAGUGCCUGCUCACUGAGAUGCUGGCAAAGUUCACAGAGACAGAGGCCCUGGAAGGCAGGAUCUACGCUUGUGACCAGUGUAACAGCAAACGACGAAAGUCCAAUCCAAAACCCCUUGUUCUGAGUGAAGCUAGAAAGCAGUUAAUGAUCUACAGACUACCUCAGGUCCUCCGGCUGCACCUUAAAAGAUUCAGGUGGUCUGGCCGUAAUCACCGAGAGAAGAUUGGGGUCCAUGUCGUCUUUGACCAGGUAUUAACCAUGGAACCUUACUGCUGCAGGGACAUGCUCUCCUCUCUUGACAAAGAGACCUUUGCCUAUGAUCUCUCCGCAGUGGUCAUGCAUCACGGGAAAGGGUUUGGCUCAGGACACUACACAGCCUAUUGCUACAACACAGAGGGAGGUUUUUGGGUCCACUGCAAUGACUCAAAGCUGAAUGUAUGCAGUGUCGAGGAAGUGUGCAAAACUCAAGCCUACAUCCUUUUUUACACUCAAAGAACAGUUCAGGGCAAUGCAAGAAUCUCAGAAACCCAACUCCAAACUCAGGUGCAUUCCAGCAACAACGAUGAGGGCAGACCACGGACCUUCCCCUGAAUGGGAGGCGCAUUAUCAAGGACUGACUUGCUUUUAAACUCUUGGUAUUGGUACAUCUUUCCUCUUACAGGAAAUAAGGUUUACUACAGGAACAGAUUACUAGGUUUGCCUCACUGGGUUUAGAGCAGAAGGUGCUGGGUGACUGGUGUCCUAUCACAAAAUCUGUAGUCACUUUCUUUUAAAUGGGUUUAGACAAUUCCCUCCUUUGUUAAAGCAAAUCAAAAAGAGUAACUUCUAUGAAGACUCUUUCAACAGUUGCUUCUGAAUAUAGAGGGAUCGGGGUGGAGGAAAGAGGGAGUGAGUUGGUCAUAUCCAGCUGUGUUUUCUUCCUAUUAUGUGAUUCCCUUGCUAAUCAGGACCCCUUGCAGCACUGGAAGAGCCUCCUGACGUGAGCAGCCUUCAGCAGAGCACUGGAGAGCAAGGAGGGGCCUGGGCUGGCAGCUUGCUGGACAGGAUUGGUUCCAAGGCGGGAGGUGAAGUCAGGACUUUUUCCUACAAGAGGAAGUAGUCCUCAAGGGUUGAAAAUUUAGAGACUUCCUUUUUUAGGAGAUAGCAGUUGAAGAAUGGAAGGAGGUGCAUGGAGCAGAUUUCUCCAUGAAAAAUGGGAGGUUUUUCACGUGUCAUAUUCUACCUGGCUGCUGCUGUCAUUUAAUCAUUCCACAUCUUCUGAGAUGGCACAAACAUCCCUUCAUUCUAAAGAAGGAGCAGUUCGUAUGGGGAAGCAAGAAACUGGUACAUGACAUGCUCUUUGUGGCACGCUGAGCCUAAAUGCACUCCUGGAUACCCAGUUCUGUAGCAAACUCCUGGUUCGGGUCUAGGGCAAGCACGUAGUUUGGUUUAAAUUGGUCUUUUUAGGUCAGGUUUCUGAGGCUUUCUCAGAACUCAGAGGGGGCUGGUGGGGGAGCCAGUGGUCCAGGGCUUAUCGAAAUGUCUGUCCCCCGUUCUCACCUUGGUGCAGCAUGCAGCUUUUCUUAACCUGCAGCUUAUUUCCUGUUCACAAGGUGUGGGAGCUUUUGCUUUUCAAAGGCUUAGGACUGUUCCUCCUGUAUGUCUGAACAGUUUAUUGUUGACAGCCCUGGCCGGUUUCCUCCAAAAUCUGCUAAUCCCUACUGUUUGUUUACCCACCCACUCUCAGUCCAUCAGAGAAAAAAAGUGUCCUGUCCUUCACUUCAGUGCUAGUAAGAUAUAGCUUUCCUUUUUAAACUGGGUCAGUUUCUAAGUGGCAUGAAAUUGCCCAGAUGGAAGCCCUCUGCCCUGUCAGGCACCACUGAAUUUCCCUCCUCAGUCCUUCACUCCGACUCACUAGUAAAAGUGAAUGCGCACUGCAAGUCCCGCUGCGGGAGCGCCACAGCAGCUCAGCCUGUCGCUCGGGAUGCUCGUCUUUUGAUGAGUGUCAUACUAACCUUCAGUUCAGGCAGAAGUACAGCUGCCACCUGAAGGGAGCAGGUGUGAAGAAGUCUGGGGAGGGGUGGGAAGUUGGGAAACCAGAGGCUAAAGGAUGAGGGGUGUAGCUUUAGCAAUGUUGAAGGGCCACAUUUCCCAAGCAGAUCUGUAUAGCAUUUGCUGUUGACCUCUUUUGAGAUGAAUUCUCCUAUAGGACCUACCAGACAGCACUGAGAUUUGGAGGAAAUCAGACAGAAGAUGGCUCACCGUGAUAAGGAAAGGGAGUGACUAUACUUUAAAUUAAACUUGCUUUUUCCAACACUGUGAGGUUUCUGUAAUACUUAGCUUUUAUUUGGAAGCGAUAGCGUAUGGCAUUUUGUAUGCUAUUUGGUUUAUACUGUCUACUGCAGGCGUCUUUGUACAAGCUUGGCCGGGCUCGCCCUCACCUGGACACUGUUCUCAAGUGCCACAGCCGCCCAUGCUGCUAGAGGCUCUGAUACGAGACUGUAGUCUCUAGAUCCACAUUUUUAAGUUGGCAUGACUGGUGAUGACCUUUUGUGGUAAGAGAAAAGCACACUGACUUUAAAAAAAAAAAAGUAAAAAGGGAAGGAAAAUAUAAAUUGUGCCUCAUCUUUCACUGAAUGCUAUAUUUAUUAUUCUAGAAAAAGAGAACUGACAAAUAGAGAAGUACUAUACAGUAUCUACUAAAUCCCUCAGGCUGUCCCGGGGGGGUUAUAAGAAAAAUAAACAUCUCAUGGAAAAUUAAAACAUUUUCAAAUUUAAUUUUUAAAAAGUUUUAUGCCAAAAGUUAAGAAUUAAGCAGACUAAGGACUUUGUAUUAAUAGGGUAAGUGCUUCAAAUUAAUAAAAUCAUUUAAAGUGAGUUGGAACAGAAACCAGUACCAGAGUCCUCAAAGAGCUGCACACACUUGAAGGUGCCCCUGCAGUCAGACACCUCAGGUACCCAGAGGCAGCAGCAAUAGAUGCUGUUGAGAAGUUAGUAUUUAUGGAGAUUUUUAUUAAAGAAAAGAAUUUCCUGCUGCAUAAGCCAAUGGCUAUUGUGAGGGAAAUGUCCCUUUGCCUUUAAUUUAUUUACAUACUGGAAGUAGAUGAGUUUCUUAGUUGCAUCUUACUUUAAGUCAAAACAUUGUAAAGAAGAAAAUAAGAACCAGGUGGAAGUUGACUAGAUGCUGCCAAAUCAAAUCCAAGAUCUCCUAACUGAACCUUAACGGGCCUGCUUCUCUCCCAGACAAGUAGUUACAUCCCUGUUCUAGGAACCCUUUGUAGUUGGCUGGUGUGUUUACUUCCUGCUGUAGCCAGCCAAGAUGAAUGCACCCUGGCCCUCAAAAUUUUACCUCAAUCUAGCUUGACCCUCAUACUUGUGGUUGCCUCGGAGACAAGCAUUCAUGCUAGUGUUAAAAAAAAUUAGGAAUGCCCUCAAUGGCUAGGAACUGACGCUCUUAUUCAAGAUGGCAAACCUCUUGCCUGCUUUGAUCCAGUCCCUCUUGCCUGCUUUGAUCCAGUCCCUCUCAGGCUGAUGGACAGCGCCACACUGUAAAGAAUUUCCAGAUGUCUCUUAAAUGUCAUGAAUAAAAUUGGGAACUAUAGAAGUGUUAAUGUGUCCUAUGGACUCAAUAGCAGAGUUUAUUUUUGUUUUUAAUGUCAAGGUUUCUAGAGUCAACGAUUGUAUGAGUUUUCCCCUCUGGCUAUGAUUACAGUUCCAUCCAAGUGUAAGAAGUGAUGAGUGGGUUGGCGGGCGGUGGGGCACAGCCCUAGCAGGCCCCACAUACACGUGAGAGGCUGACAGUAGUACAGAAUGAACGCUUGGGGGUGGGGUGGGGUGGGAUAUGGGUGGGCAGGAGGGAGAAAGGGAGUUUGUUUUAUGUACUGAUAAAGCUUUGUGAACUAAUUUUAUACAAUUCAUAAAAUUUGGUGCCUUGUACCUAAUUAUGGUUUGCAUGGGAUUGAAAAGAUUAAGGGAAAGGAUUCUUUCUUGUCAUUUCAAGUGGCAAAUGGGUCUGUAUAGUGUAAAGGACAUUUGGUAUCACUUUUUAAAAGCAUUUCGUAUCGUGUGUGUGAAAGCAAAUUAUUACCAGCAAGUUCUGAAAAUUCUACUGUAAUGUCCAAAAUCUUUGUGUUUGAUUAUUCAUCAAUGUCUCCUUUUCAAGGCAAACUAUAUACCCUAUUCUUUUUUACCACCCCUUAUGUUCCGAACAUUAACUCAGGCCUUUUUAAAAAUCAGGCUGGGAGGGCUUCCCCUUCCUAAACAUAUAAUGUAUCCCUAUCUAAGGUUUUAUCUUUUAAGUGGAAGGGUUACUUUUCCAGCUGGUUGGGAGAGCACAAAUGUUCAGAAAAAGGUAUUUUAGUUUUUCUAAUGCUAGGCAACAUAUAGUACAAGUCAAACAAAAACCGUUCCUCCUGAAGUGGUACCUUCAUUAGUUCUGAAGUUCUUUUGCACAGUUUCAGGAAGCAGUGUAAAACACAAUCCCCUAUAUGUGAACCUUUAGAUUGUAAGGUAAGCCAGUGCACUGUGUAAUAUGCAAAAAAGAAGGCUCAAAGAACCUGUCCCAGCAACCCAGUCCCACUGAUGGGAACGAUACUGAGUAGCUAUGGAUGAGAAGACCUGGCCUGCUCACCUGCAGGGCUGUAAACAGCGUGUUCCUUUUACUCCCACCUUAAGGUUUCCACUGAGCUCGUGAGUCUUCACCAAAGGGUGUUUAAAAAGCUUACUCAAAGCACAUUUGAUAAUUGGGUCCCUCAGCCUAAUGACUGGCCUAAUUAGGUGAGGAGGUUGUAUCUUUGGAAUAAAACCUCCCACGGCCACUUAGUUUCCUUACCAGGUAAGUAUGCAUCUCCCUAGUGGUUGAUUCUUUUUUGAAGUUAGCACUAAAAUUGAAAAGCGCCUUCUAAAUAUGACUGUGAGUUUAGUUUCUAUCUUCCAUGUUUAAAUUAACCAUUUUCUUGGUCUAGGACUUUGACUUUAACCACUGUGUAUUCAACCCAAACAUGCUCUAAGCACACCUCAGUCACUAGAGCACUGAAGUGAAUGGUCAUUUUUGUGGACUGUUUCCAUACUAACUUCUGCUGGUAUGUUUCUAUUUCAGAUCUAACUAGGUAAUGUAGGAGAUUUUCAUAGUAGUGUUAACUAGCCUGGGCUAAACACCUCAUGACAGGAUGUAAAACUGACUUCCCUUGAGGAAAAAUGUGUUGAAAUGGUGAAAGCUAGGAUUUUCAUUUACAGAAUCAUAAUUAUCCAUCAAAAUUUGGUGUAGAUUUGGUAGCUUUAACCUGCUAAAUUCUUACUGCUUUCAGGAAUUAAGCCAGUUGAAAUGAAACUUUACCUUAUCAGCUUAUGGCUUUAUAAACCAACAGCAACACUGUUACUUGAAGCUAAGACAUUAUAUUUUAAGUGAAACUUGAAUUAUGCUUUUGGAAGCUGCCAUGUCUUUAAUUUUGGCCAUGUUUUGAAUUUUACCUUUGAAAAUUGCUAUCAAAUAGAACUUUUCACAAUUAUGAGUAGCUCAGGUAGCAGACUUCAAGGACAUAAGUUUCACUGCUAUAAAGAACAACAAGUGCUGGUAUUUCUAGGCUUAGCAGUGGUCUCACGCAGGCUGAUGGGGCUUAAAAGUUUCCUUCCUGGUCACCAUUUGGGCGGUGAUGGCUUCAAACCAAAGCCUUACUUAAUGUAUGUUAUUUUUCCUCAUCUUAACAGCCUAGUAAGAUAUAAACUUGUCAGAGCAUCUGUGAUCCCUAUGUAGAUUCUUAAAGGAUCCUGACGUCAUGUUAAGCCAGCCACAGGCCUCAAUUCAUACAGGCUCAAACUCCUUCCCCCUAACAGCUGGGACCUCCCUGAUGAGAGCUCAUAAGAAAAUGGUGCUUUUCUUUAACAUAUAAAAAACCUAAUUCUCUUAACAGCUUUCUUAGAUUUAUGCCUGCAAGGUCAAGAAGGACCAUUUUAUUCUAUUUACCUUUAGUGAACAGACUGCUAGAGAUAACGCCUAACUUAUAAUUAGGCCACUGUGGUAUAUUUAUACUGACCCUCCUUCCCAAUUCUUAUCCUUUAAUCCCAUACCAGUUCCAGAGGAGACUUGGCACAAAAAAGUAGUAUGUAUAUUUUUUAAACACCUAGUAGAGCAAAUCGACUAGAAAAAAUUGCCAAGGGGAGCCUGUCUGUAUGUCCACACCUUUCUAAUCCUACAUCAUUCUUUCCAUGCCAGUUCCUUACAUACUCCAUUUCCAAAGAACCCCAAACUCCUGGACAGUGGCACUACCCUGAAUUUCAGGGUCAGAAAAUCUCUCUUUACUUGUGAAGGAAGCAGCUUCCACAAGCAGUGUUGCUUCAGAGGCCACUGUCCAGGCUUCCUCACACCUUGCCUCCAUCUGCACAUUACUGCCCUCGAAUCCCACUGUAUUAUAGCAACAAUGCCUCCCUGGUGCCUGGAAAACCCACCUGGUGCACCAAAAUGCUAUGCAACACCAAAUGGCUUCUUCCCAUAGUACUGCUCAAAAUGGAAAUUCCUCAAGAAUAAGCUAUUACCUAUGCUAACAUCACUGUAUGGUGGCUACAGUUUCCAUCUUUUUUUCUUUUACUAUGAAGCAAACCAUCUGUUAAAAUCCAUGUUUGGGACUUGUUCCUGUCUCUUUUGAGUGUGAAAUAUAAAUCAUGUUUUUAUGAUUUUUGUAAAUCUUGACUUUUUACACCUUGUUUUUGUAAGCUGAAGUUUUCUUAUUAAAAGAAUAAAAUGUC